AUGGAGGAGGAGAUGGAACAAGACGAUCGCUCCGGCGAGACGCAGGGUGAGGCAGAUGGCGGUCUAAGCGAAGUUUCCCGGACGACGGCAGCGUCUGGCCCCCCAUCACCGACGAGGACGACGAGUGAGAGUGUUGCUCGCGGCCGCCGGACGGACGUGGAAAUUUCCGCGAACGGACGGCGCCGCGCCCGCACAUUCUCUCUGCUGAGACGACGCAUCGAGCCGCCGAUCCCCCUGGCAAAGGAGGAACUUGCCGCCGCCUUCGCCAUGCUCACUCCCGAUGAGAGUUGCAUCUGCAUACAACGUCUGGCCACAGGAACCGAUGCGGACAGGGUGGAGGUUCUAACGAGACUUCGGUCCCUGCUACCUGUGGGUCGCGACAAGCAAUUGCCUGUCGCUGUUGCCACGACAGCUGCCGCGCCAGCAGUCGCACCAGCCGUGGUGGCUACUGAAGCCGCCACGCCCUCACCAACGUCCAGGCUGGCACGGAAGAGCCCAGCCGCGGUUGUAGAGGACACUCCCACCUCCCAGGCGAGUUCCGGUCGCGCCAAGUGGAAGAGGAGGGGGUUACGUCGCAGGACAAUGACCGCAUCGCCGAGGAAGCCAGAUGAAGAACGCUUCAUCGCGCCCUCCCGGCGCCACACACCGAAACCCAGGUCGUUUGGACCGGUGACGCCGGAACAGGCAGCCCCUCCAGUACGACCUCCGGUCAAAGCAGGAACGAAGCAGCUCAAAAUACCGCCGAUAGUAGUAGAGUGCCCAGAGUCAUAUAAGGCCCUCGAAGAUUUGCUGAAAAACUCUCUCGGAAACGGAGAAUUCAGCACAAAAUCGGGAGGCGGCAACAAAAUAAAAAUUUUCGUUAAAAUAUCUGAGGAGUACAAGAAGACAGACUGCGAGCACCCCGUCCCCACACGGCCUACAACUACUCCACAUUCUCUGGAAAAACCAGAGGCCAGCCUGGAGACAGUUCUAUUGGCAGAAAUGCCAAUGAAAGUGCAACAGGCAUCGAGAAAGCGCCCGGCCACCUCCGACUCUGUUGUUGCAGCCUUCUUCUUGGUUUGUCGCCUAUCCGCCGCAGUUGUUACUGUCCGUUCGUCAGACGCCCCACGGCGCCCCCAGCAGCCGGUGUGCCAAGACAAACCACCGAACAGCGACCCCCACCUCGUGGCGACCGCCGCCAACCCACCCACAACCCACAGCCACCCACAAAACCGGAAAUCACUGCCGCUGGGCCACCCCCCACCUCCCCCUUCGGCUCGCGCCAAUGACGAACAGCCAGCCCCCAUUGCUCAGAGUCUCGUCGGAGAAGAGGGCCAGCCUGGUCCUGCCCCAGCGCCCCCCGCCCCUGCAGCCACUAUCGCCGGCGACCUGCAGGCUCUUCUACAGACACUAAAGGUACAAUCAUGUCACAGCUUCCCACGCUAG